AUGGCAAAUGAUGUUGAGAACACACUGAUUGAAAAGUUAAAGAUGCACCCAUUUUCCAUCCAACUUGACGAAACGUCUACUGUGGCGGAUGAAGCAGUCCUCAUUGCAUAUGUGCAGUACGUUGAUGACUCCGAACUAAAGCAGGACAUACUUUUGUCGACUAAUUUGUCUACAACAACACGAGGAGAAGAUAUUUUCCACGCGAUUGACACGUACUUCACAAAGAAUCAGAUUCCCUAUAAUAAUUUAGUCGCAUGCUGCACUGAUGGAGCUGCUUCAAUGAUGGGAAAAAACAAGGGCUUCAAUGCACGUUUGAAAGAAAAAGCACCCUACUGUCUUGUGUUUCACUGUAUGAUACACCGUCAAGCCUUGGCCAGCAAACACCUCUCUGAUGAACUUAAUGAAACAAUGAAGACAGUUGUAAAGAUCGUUAACUUUAUAAAAGCCCGCCCGGUAAACAAGCGAAUCUUUGCGGAGCUGUGUGAAGAUGAGGUGCAUCAGACACUCCUCCUUCAUACCGAAGUGCGCUGGCUAUCAAGAGGCCAAGUGUUGGUUCGUUUUAUUGAACUAAAAGAAAAAAUAAAAGAGUUCCUGAAAAUGAACAAUCAGAAGCUGUUUGACGAAAUGACAGAUGCAUUUCUCAUCAGAACGUCAUACUUGGCGGAUAUUUUCAGCCUCUAUAAUGAAACAAACAAGCGCAUGCAGAGCGCGGAUGCAAAUGUGCUGGAAUGCAAGGAAAUUAUUGACGCAUUUGUGCAUAAAGUGGACUUUAGGAGGAAUAAGCUGAUGAAACGAGACCUACACCAUUUUCCAUCACUUCUUAAACAGACCGGGGGAAAUUUGCCUGAAUCCUUGAGCAAGGAGUUCAUACUUCACAUGGAACGGCUACAGAAAGAGAUGACGUCACGGUUUUCGGAUGUUGAUGAACAUGUCGCUAAAUGCGCAUGGGUAAUGGAUCCAUUCACUGCGCAGGAGGAGGACGUGGAGUAUUUACAAGCGGAGGACGAGCUCUUGGAUAUCAAGUCUAAUUCUCUUCUGAGGAGAUUCUUCAAUGAACACGGGUACAAACGGUUCUGGCUGGUGAAAGGACCUAACGUCGCACCCAAGCUUGCGCACCAUGCUACAACCAGACUCAUCCUGCCAUUCGCCACAACAUACCUGUCCGAGACUGCUUUUAGUUCUCUGGUAACCAUCAAAACGAAGGCACGCAACAAGCUGGAUGUGCACCAUGACUUUCGUAUGGCUGUCACGAAAAUCAUGCCUAAUAUACAAUCUCUAGCCCUGGAUAUGCAGGCCCAGACUUCACAUUAA